AUGUGCGAGGACGAGGUAGCUGGGGCAUAUUUCACGAUAGCGGGGGCUGGCAUCGUUACCUGGACCACCGGCGAUCAGGAAGAUGGUUUUCUAACAGGAAUUCUGCAAAAUUACGCCAGAAAGUACGAUCUGCCGAUUGACCACCUGUCUUUCGACUUCACCGUCUAUCCUCAAUACCGCGACCAGGCAGAGUAUGCCGCCGCGCUGAAGGAGGUGAAAUAUGGGGAAACAGUGCCGGCUGAUGAGGAAAUUGAAUCGCCAAAGGAUGGUGUACUUAUUCACGGCCUGCUAAUGGAUGGUUUCAGUCGCCAGACCACUCUUAAAGCCCUGCGUCGUCGUGUUACCCUCCUUCCAGAGAGAACGUCAUCGCUACGCAACAGAAGCGAUAUCCCUGUGGAAGUCGCCAGUCCCUAUAUUGUUUCUUAG